UAAUUUUUCUGGCUUGUCUGCGCCGUGCAGUAGGUGUGACCACAGGGCGUCACAGCUGACUGGUGGUUUGCGACUGCGUCCGCAUGGCAACCGCGCGCUGUGCGCAAGCAAGGAGCAGGUAAAUGGGAGCUUGCUGGAAGCACAGAUAGGGAUUUCAUCGUUCACAGACGCCUUUUUGACCGGUUCUUCGUCGGUACUGUUACAUUUGGAGACUGUCAACAGCGUGGAGGGGCUUUAAUGCGGCGUGCUGUUGACGCAGACUGACAGCCAGCUCUAAGCUGCCACCACAGAUCUGUAACCAUGACAGCUGAAGAGACAAUCAACAUCAAGGAGGCGGAGGUGAUCAAGUUGAUCCUGGACUUCCUCAACUCCAGGAAGCUGCAUAUUAGCAUGCUGGCCUUAGAGAAGGAGAGCAGUGUCAUCAAUGGCCUGUACUCUGAUGAUAUGCUUUUCCUCAGGCAGCUCAUUCUAGACGGUCAGUGGGAGGAGGUAAUGCAGUUCAUUCAACCUCUAGAAGGAAUGGACAAGUUUGACAAAAAAAGGUUCCGCUAUAUCAUUCUGAAGCAGAAGUUUCUGGAAGCUCUGUGUGUAAAUAAUGCAAUGUCUGCUGCUGAAGACCAUCACAAUUUAGAGCUCAGCAUGCAAGAGGCAGUCAAGUGCCUCCACAGCCUGGAGGAGAUCUGCCCGUCCAAGGAGGACUACAGCAAGCUGUGUCUUCUCCUCACCCUACCUCGCCUCACCCACCACGCAGAGUUCAAAGACUGGAAUCCAAGCACGGCACGUGUCCAUUGCUUUGAGGAAGCCUGUACUAUGGUAGCUGAGUUCAUCCCUGCAGACAGGAAGCUGAGUGAGGCGGGCUUCAGAGCGAGUGGGAACCGCCUCUUCCAGUUGCUCAUCAAAGGGAUCCUUUAUGAAUGUUGUGUCGAGUUCUGUCAGAGUAAAGCCACUGGUGAGGAGAUCUCAGAGGGCGAGGUAUUGCUCGGUGUGGAUUUGCUGUGCGGGAAUGGCUGCGAUGAACUGGAUUUGUCGCUGCUAUCCUGGCUGCAGAACCUGUCCUCAGGCGCCUUCUCGUGCGCCUUCCAACAGAAGACCCUCAACAUCCACGUGGACCGGCUGGUGAAGCCCAGCAAAGCAGGCCACGCCGACCUCCUCACUCCAUUAAUCAAUCGCCUGUCCCCCUGCUCUACCUCACCCUUCCGCCAGAGGCCUCAUUCAGCUGACACCUAUAUGUCCAGAUCUCUCAAUCCAGUUCUCGAUGGUCUGUCCCAUGGUCUGGCAGCGCAGGACAAGAGAGGUAUGGGGGCAAACAUGAAGUCUGCUCUCAGUCGGAGCCUAGUGGAGAAUAACGUGCAUCAGCAGGAUGAUUCACCAGAGAGGAAACACCCACAAGGCCUGGAUGGUCCCAACACCACACAUACACCCUUGACCCCUGGAAAACAAGGUGGGCCACCCUGCAGCACGGAAACAAAUGAGUGCCACGACUCCACAGAGUACAUACAGGAGUAUUACAGGCAGCGUCUCCGCGUGCAGCAACAUCUGGAGCAGAAGCAGCAGCAGAGGCAGCUUUACCAGCAGAUGCUGCUGGAGGGAGGGGUGAAGCCGCAGGAUGGAGCCCAACACAACCUCACUGAGACCUUCCUCAGCAAAUCCAUUCAGAAGUUGGAGGAGAUGAAUGUGGGCAUUGACCACAGAGGAGAUGAGGCGAUGGCACAUCUGGGACAGCAGUGGAACGGACUGAGUGGGAACAGCAGCACCUCUAGCCCCAGAGCUGCCGACAUCCGCCACGUGGCAGACACAGGGCCCCCGAGGGACAAGCCAGGGGGGCUGCAGCACCCCAGCGCCAGCAGUACCACAUUAAGGACUGGGAGCCACAGCUCGCCUUACCCGAGUGAGUCUCCAGUUAACGCCAGUCAGAGUGCUGAGAGAAUACGACAGCCUUGUCCCGCCUCUCAAGAUGAUUCUAGCUGCUCUGUGAUACGCAACACACAUGAGCCAGGGAAGCCCAUAACCCAGUUUGUUAAAGUGAGCCAGCUCGAGGACACACAGGCGGUACGCGCGGUGGCCUUCCAUCCCUCAGGAGCAUUCUAUGCUGUCGGCUCCAACUCAAAGACCCUGAGAGUCUGUGCCUACCCAGAAACCCUAGCUACCAGUGCUACUGGUACAGUCAAGCAGCCAGCGGUGCGCUUUAGGAGGAACAAACACCACAAAGGCUCAAUCUACUGUGUAGCCUGGAGCCACUGUGGACAACUGCUGGCCACCGGCUCCAAUGAUAAAUAUGUCAAGGUCCUACCUUUCAAUGCAGACAGCUGCAAUGCCACAGGGCCAGACCUGGAGUUCAGCAUGCAUGAUGGUACCAUCAGGGACCUGGCUUUCAUGGAGGGCCCGGAGAGUGGAGGAUCCAUCUUGAUCAGCGCUGGGGCAGGAGACUGCAACAUCUAUACUACUGACUGUCAGAGAGGACAAGGCCUUCACGCCCUGAGCGGACACACCGGUCACAUUUUGACUCUGUACACAUGGGGAGGUUGGAUGAUUGCCUCUGGCUCACAGGACAAGACAGUACGCUUCUGGGACUUGCGGGUGCCCAGCUGUGUUCGUGUGGUGGGUACAACUCUGCACGGCUCAGGAAGUGCCGUUGCUUCAGUGGCAGUGGAUCCCAGUGGCCGCCUGCUGGCCACUGGUCAGGAGGACAGUACCUGCAUGUUGUAUGACAUCAGAGGAGGCCGAAUAGUCCAGACAUACCGCCCCCACAGUAGUGACAUUCGCUCUGUGCGCUUCUCUCCUGGUGCCCAUCAUCUUCUGACUGGAUCCUAUGACAACAAAAUAAUCAUCAGUGACCUGCAAGGUGACCUAACAAAGCCCCUCCCUCAGACAGUAGCAGGGGAACACUGGGACAAGGUAAUCCAGUGUAGGUGGCACCCCCACGCCCGGACCUUCCUGUCCUCCUCUGCAGAUCGAACUGUUGUCCUCUGGGCUCCAGGCCCCUGAGAAUCCACUAGCCUAACACUGGUUAAUCUCAGCGGCAACAGCAAGCACAAGAACACUGACUGCAUACAUCCCAGCAUAGGAUCAGUAAGUUCUGUGGGGUGCGUAUCUGUGUGCAUAAAUACUGUGAGGAUCAAGUUGUUUAUAUGUUGCUCAGUUCAAAGUUAAGUGUGUGUCUGUAUAUAAAUUGUGACAACUUUGAUGCAGAAAAUCUGGUCACUUUAAAAAUAAGUCUAUAAUUAGGUGUGUGUGUGUGUGUGUGUGUGUGUGUGUGUGUUUGAAUACUACUGUACAUGUCAGUGUGUGCGAUCAAACAUGGCAAUCUAGAAAUAAACGUGUGUGCAUUUGGCUUUGUAGUUUUAGUGUAAUGAAAGUUAAACUACAGGAGAAUAAGAACAUUUUUCAAAUGCUAUAAAAAGGAAAAAAAAAACAGUUUCUUCUAGUUGGAAUCAUUGUGAGGUUAAAUACUUAAAUAUUUAGGGUUUAUGUAUGCUUGCCUACACCAUUUCUGCUUUUGUCUUUUAUAAGUAGAACAUAAAAGAUUAAAUGACACAGAUGAUGAUGGAAUCUAGAGAUGACUGAUAAUGCCUGUACUGAAAGCAAUGAUUAAGUUCACUGCAAGCACACACACUGAAGUUAGAGAAGCUCUUUUCUCAAAUUGCCAAACGUCAUCUAUAAGUCAGCCAUAGUCAGAACUUAGUACAAAAUGUGAAGGUCACUUUAGAACAGAUGUACUAGUGUUUGGUGCCACACGACAUAUCAAGCUUUUAACACCGACUCGUUAAAGCACUGCUGCUUCUAUAGUUUCUCUAGAAAGUGACCUUUAUGUUGUGGAUAGAAACCACAUUUGGUUAUGCAUAUCAUAUUGUGCCUUUUUGUAACAUUUGUAAAUUUUUUGAUAUGUGGAUAAAUUGAUUUUUUUUUUUUUAUUUGCUUUCUUAUUUGUCCAGAUGCUUUGUCAAGUUUUAAUUAUUGUAAUGCACAAAAUGAUCACCCACUGGCAUUUGGGAUUUUAUACAAGUGUGGACAAAGUGCUUUUGAUGGAAGUAGAUCCCCACCAUAACAUUUGAGGGCCUGUCCUUACAAAUCUGUGUCUGCAGUGCUCUCAGAUUCUGAGUUGCAAAUGGAAUAGUGCUCAACAUGUGGUUUGUGAGCCCUCAAAUGUUUUGUCAGGGUUCUACUUUCAUGCAGAAAUAUGACUAGUUCCUGUAGGAGCUCAGUCACUGAUCAGCUCAUCACGUCACAAUCCAGUUUUUUUUUUAAAACAACGAUUGAGUAAUGAGAACAGGUGGUCCUGAAGACAUUAAGAAAUAUAGUUACACUGCAACCAAACUGUCUCAGGACGACAGCAAUUAUCUUCUAAAAUGAUCAAAGAAAUGAGAGAGAAUGUUGACAAGCCAAAGUCAAGGCAAAAGUAAUGAUGCACUUUAAAGGUGGAAAUGCUGCUACUUACAGAGUGGAAUGAUGAAUCUGGUCCCAUUUUAACUUUUUUCAAAUAAUGAUCUGAUUUCAUCUUCACUUUCACUGAGUACCUACACAGAAACCUGAUGGAUGUAAGAAAGGAGGUGGUAUGGGAGAAAAUAUACGUCAUAGUUUGUGUUAUGCAUAUUUUACAUGGUCUAUGGCUUACAGUGGCAAAUUCAGCAUCAUUGUCCACCUGUGUGGUUUAAAACAAGGUUUGUGCACACAAAUGUGUAACAAUAGAACUGCCAAGGGGUCAGUGAAGUUCACACUGUUUAAUAAAAUAGUGACUAAUAUCACAUGUCCUUGCUUUUUAAUCAAUAAAAGUAUUUUUAAGUUAUAUUUGUGUGGAUGCUGAGUCAGCAUACAGAUUAAUACAGAAACUGUACGGCCCCAUCACUGUAAGAAGUCUACUGAAAUAGAUAUUUAUUAGGGCUGCACGAUAAAAGCCUCUAUGUGUGUGAUUUAGAUCCCUGUGUAAUCUCAGCCUCGUGUGACAAUGAUGUGAGAAACUGAAACCAGAAAACGUUCUAAAUGUGUGCCUAUAUGGCAGCCGGAUAGCUCGGUAGUUAACACCACUGUAUUUGCUACGGCUCUGUGUGCUUGUCUGGGACUGCGGUAACCGUCAGCUCUUACCAACACUUCAGCUUUCCUUCAGCCUUUCCUGAUGUAAACAGUUCUAAUCCAGUGUCUGUUUUAUUUGUAGUUACUGCGCAUCUCUAAAAGAUCAACCGUGCCAAGACUGAGUUAUGCUUCUUUCUUUAAAGCAUAGCACUCAGAAUAUACUGCAACCCCCCUAGGGACUACAGUAUAUCCAGAGAUAGAGCUGGCAGAGAGACAGGUUCACUGACUGUACUGCUCUCCAAAUAGACUGGAGAAUAAUGAAAGCGAACUCACAUUGAUCCAAAGUUAGACACACUGUCUGACUGCUGGAGAAAGACUUUAUACUGUGAAAAUGUUCAGUGGUACAUUUGCUGUUUGCUGAAAGGAAAACUACUGUAGCUGCUUACUUAUAGCCAUUAUGGGUAGCUCAUAGCGAAGGUUUGUAUCAAUAUGGAAGUACCUAAACACUUGGUGCUGGUUUACAGGGAGAACAGUUCAGAUUUAAAGCCUGUUAUGGAAAUCCAGAGUGUUCAAUAAUAAACAAAAACAACAUUGAAAUUAAUAAUCAUAUGAAUAAAUUGUGUAAAAUACUGUAUAUACAGUACUUGCACAGGCAAUUUGUGAAAUUCAAGAAAUAUUAAAACUUGUCAUUAUUUUGAAAUAUCUCAUCAUUCUUACUUAAUAGAGUUGUUAGGGGUUAUUUUUUAUUGUGAUUGUGGACAUUAUUAUUUCAAAGUGUUAUUUUUAAAAAGUCUAUUUUUAUUUCAUAAUAUCUUUUUAUGUCCCUUUACUACUGUAGCCUAGAUGGUGGGACAUUAUGUCCAUGCUGCUGUCUGUGACUCUGCAAUAGAUGUGCUAUUGAACACAGAAAGUCUAGAACAAUUCAAAGCAGAAACUCUUUACUUAUACAUUAGAUGGUCUGAUAGGAAUUUGCAUAAAUGUGCAUUUUAAUGAGGACCAAUUUCACAAAAACUGCAGGUUAACCUAACACAUUCAAAUUAUUACCAGAUAGAUACCAUUAUGCAGAAAGUAUGUAUGUUGGUAGGAAAAUAAUACAGAUAGAAUGCAGCAAACUGCAGUACAACUCAUGUUAGCAUCAGACCUAACAUUAUGACCACUGACAGGUGAAGUGAAGAACACUGAUGAGCUCGUUACAGCCACCUGUCAGUGGAUGGGGUUUAUAAGGCAGCAAGACAACAGUGUCUAAGGAAGGACAGAUGGUGAAGUGGUGACAAAGGCACAGACGUCCACAGCUCACUGACGAUGAGGUUGACCUACUGUAGAUCCUUUGAAUUUAAAGUUUAAUGUGCAGUGUUCUGUGUGAAUGCAGAUCUUCUUCUUCUUUCGGCUGUUCCCAUUGGGGGUCGCCAGAGCAAAUCAUCUGUUUCCACAUAACUCUA